UGGUUAGUGGAGCAUCGAGAAUGCCUUUCACCAGACGACCCUUGCAGACCACCAUCACCUUCGUGGCGCUGAAUGGUGUGCUUUGCCUGAGUUUGGGUCCUAUUUACGACUUUGUUUGCGACCUCCCGUACUGGGCCCGCCGGAGGGAAAGACUCAGGCAGGAGCGAGAGCUUCAGGUUGCAGGAGUGUCUCAAGGCGCACUCCCAUCCGAGAAUACCCAGAGCUGAUAUGAAAUAGGGAUGAGACUCUAGAGAGGAUCAGGAGCAAAAAGAAAUGUAGGGCAAGCUUUUUAUUAAGAAAGAUGAAGUUGGGUGUGAGAUGGAAGUCCCGAGAGGCAGCUGCAGUUGCCUUGGAGGAGCCCAUCUCCAGUUUAUAUAAAGAGUUGCGGGAGUGGAAGUCUGUAGAAGGUCUCCUCGUCCAUUCAUCCGUAAUUUUGAGUAUCGAUUUUGCCAAAGCGCAAAUCCUCAAUCGCGCAUGCUUCGGCAAACCAAUAUACUGUGCUACCUCACCACAGGACUCUGUUCCAACAACUGCUACUCGCGCGCCUAGGUUGCUUGAAGUGAACGCUGAACUUGAGGAUGUGCGAAUGUUCCAACUGGGAUUGGAGGAGGCUUUCUUUCUUACUUCUGAGUUAGAGUGCAUAUGUAUUUGCAGGCAGAUACCCGAGGGGCGUGUGGUUCUCUCUAAGGAAGAAGUCUGGAGGUGCAUGCAAGCUAGCAAGCCAGAAUUUGGGCAACUUUACAUAGCCUACGCCCAUUUACGUGCUAAACAGUGGGUAGUGCGUUCUGGCAUUCAAUAUGGUGCAGACUUCAUGGCUUACCGUCAUCAUCCUGCUCUAGUCCACUCAGAUUAUGCCGUCAUAGUGAUGGUAGAAGGACACGAGGAAAGGAUGAAGACAUGGACUGAAAUGCAAGCUAUGAACCGUCUGUGUGGUAGUGUUGCCAAGACACUGUUGCUGAUUCAUUUCAUUCCGAAGAGGGAGGGUAUAGAUUUGUCAAGUCCACUCUGUCAAGGGGACUUUGUAGUGGAGGCUGUGGAGGUUCGGCGAUGGUUACCAGAGAAGAGUCGUGAAGAGAGUGAUGCAUCUGUCAAGCCGGUGUUGAAUUUUGCCAUCAGUUAGUUCAGGGUCUAGAUAGAGGAAAUGUAUACGUGUUUUUGGCUUUGUGGCAUUGUUUUCCUUACUGCAAUAUAAACUAGCUCUUUGUGAUCUAGUAGCCUAACUUGGACACAAA